GAGAGGAGUUACUUGGUUUGGUGCACGUGUUUUCGUGGAGCCUUCUCUUGUCUUCAGCACGUUCGCCAUUGUUGCUCCUCUCUUUUCUCGAUCUGUUCGCGAAACUUGCUCUCAACGAAACUCAUUUCCAGAUUCUCCUCUGCUCUUCCUCUAGUUUCUGUUCUGUAUUCCUCAAUUCUUCUUCCCUGUGUUCGCGGGCCACUGUUCCAACAAUGAGUACGGGAGAACUCCUCAGCAUCGAACCUCUCGAGCUCAAGUUUCCCUUCGAAUUGAAGAAGCAGAUCUCUUGUUCCCUUCAAUUGUCGAACAAGACCGAGAGCUACGUUGCAUUUAAGGUUAAAACUACGAACCCUAAAAAGUACUGCGUUCGCCCAAACACUGGAAUUGUCUCACCUCGGUCGACAUGUGACGUUAUAGUCACCAUGCAAGCCCAGAAAGAGGCUCCUGCUGAUAUGCAAUGCAAAGACAAGUUUCUCCUCCAGAGUGUUAAAACUGUUGAUGGCGCAUCCGCAAAGGAGAUCAACGCAGAAAUGUUCAAUAAGGAGGCAGGGCAUGUGGUAGAAGAAUGCAAAUUGAAAGUCGUUUAUGUUUCUCCACCUCAACCACCUUCUCCAGUACCGGAAGGUUCUGAAGAAGGGUCGUCCCCAAGAGGCUCUGUUUCAGAAAAUGGAAACUUCAAUGAUACCGAGUUAAAUACUCAGGCUACAAGGGGAUAUGUUGAACGGUUGGAGCCCCAGGAUAAAUCUGCAGAGGCUAGAGCCCUCAUAACUAAACUCACAGAAGAAAAGAAUAAUGCCAUCCAACAGAACAACAAACUUCGUCAGGAAUUGGAACUGUUGAAGCGUGAAGGCAGGAAAAAYGCCGGUGGCAUCUCGUUCCUGUUCGUCAUAUUAAUCGGAUUGAUCGGAAUAAUCUUUGGCUAUAUUAUUAAGAAGACUUGAGAAUCUCCUUGCAGCAAAGUGGAUUUACAUCAUUAUAUUCUCUGUGAUGAAAGGAAGGGAACUACUAAUGUUCAGUGGGUGGAUCUGUAGUAAGUUUUUAUUUGUUGAAGUAGCAAAUUGUUAGGUGGUGUUCAAGAAUUUGUAGUUGCUGAAUUUGCAAGGUAGCACACUCCACACUCUCUGUAACUUAAAAGAGUUUUUUCUUGUUUUUUUCUUCCUUCUGCUUCUCUUACCAUUCAACUUGUUAUAUUUUUCACUGUGGAACUGUUCAGUUAAUAAUUUUACAUCCUCAAUUGUUCAGCA